UGGAACGACAGACGGUUGCUUUUGCGUCGAUCCCAUAAUUGCAUCAUUACGCGAAGGAAAAUCUUGUUAAGAAUAUUUGUCAUUGAGUUUUAAGUAAAAUGUGAUAAAAGAUUUGAAAGUUCAUUUUACUUUCAAUGAAUGAUUUAUUAAAAUGCGUGUGCUUUUCGAAAUUAAGUGACGUAAUGUGUUUCAUUUUCAUCCCAAUAAUUCAGUUUCUAUUCUAAUAAUUUUCAGUAAUGAGUAUUUAAUAUUGAUCAAUAUUUAAGUGAUUCCUCUCAAAGUAAUAUAUAUUUUAAAAUUAAAAGUUUAAUAGAGACUUCAAGAUGCUUCAAAUAGAGGAUUUACCAUGUAUGACAUCAUUGUCACCCGGCAACGAUGUGAUGGAUUUGAAAUCAACGCAGUUCAUGAAUCAGGGAGAAUCAUGCACUUUAUGCAGCCCUGAGAAACGACGUUGCCGGAGUGAAUGCUGAGUCACAUAUCGCGAACGAUCUCUCCCAGGAAGGUGUGCUAGUUCUUUUCUCUGUGAAAUGCAUUGUAUUGCAUUAGUAUAACGUUAUCAUUGUUAGAAUUACAAUAUCAUCAAAGCAACAUGAUUUAAGAAAGGAGGUACUUGGCGCUUGUCGCAGGCCUCGAAUAUUUAAUAAAAAUUAAAAUUUAAAAUAAUUUUAAAUUCGGUAUUGUUCAUAGAUCUGUCAGUUUCUACUAUUAAAUUAAAUUUUUAUUUUUUACUCUAACUGCCGUGACGUGUCAGUGUAAAGAAAGUGUUAAUAUUGAUAAAAAAAAUAUCGCCUUGAAUUGUCAAACAAAAUCCAAGGCAUGCGUAGGAUGUGCGCGACGUGUACUGAAGUUUGACGUUGUAGUGUGUGUUUUGAGGUUAUUUUUGUGUUCGUGUAACUGACCUAUACUUGUUUAAAGAGAUCCAAAUCUUUAUUUUCAUUCUGACAGUCUGUCGAAUAAGUUGCUCCAGCAAGAAUAUAAAAAAAUAUCUUUUUUAACUACUUAAUUUAAAUUUUAUAUCAUUUAUAUAGAAAGAAAGAAACAAGUUUAAAAAGUGAUGUUCGAUAACUCUAGUAAUAAUUAAAAACUCUGUUUUGAAUUUGUCUUCUAUAAAAUCGUGCAUAUAACAUUAUUUAUAUUUGAUAUGUUAAAACAUGAACAGUUGUGGAAAUGUUAUUGAAUAUAUUUGGACUGAUUUAAAGCAUCGACAAAAUAAUAAUUCAAUAUGAACAUUUGUCUCUUAAAAUCUUAUUUAUUCCACGAAUUGAACAUAUCAAAUCACAGUGAUAAUAAACUAAAUUAAUUUGAUUUGUAAAUAAAUUUGUCGAUUGAAAGUGAUUAAAACAAAAAGAGCAUAAUGUUGUGUAUAAAGAAAUUGUAUCAUGAGGAACUAUUCCAAUUAACAUUGCUACUUUCUUUAUUAAGAAUAGAUCCUGAAUCCUACCUUGGUUUGGAUAUUCAAACCAUAGGUGUAGGUUCUUUAGAUCUAAAUAAUGGUUCAAGAUGGCAUACUGAUGUUCAUACAAUAGUUCAUCGUCCUAUCUUUGUUCAUCCUAAAAACUUAGAUUCUAUGCUUUUAAAUUAUGAGAGAGAUUUAUUCGAAGACUUGAAUUCAUUAGGAAGAUAUAAUAGAAUAAAUUCUGGUUUAAAUGAUAUCCAUGCAUAUUUGUUAAAUGUUGAAGAAUCUACAAGAGAUAUCGCUAUAGCAGGACCUAGUAUAUCACUUUCCACAGACCCAACUAGGAAUAUGACAUCACCUGAUUCAUCAAAUUCUUCGCAAAAUCCAGACGAACCAACUAAUACGGCAGAACUUACUCAAGAGGACAUGGAUUUAAUCGAAGUGCUUUGGAAGCAAGACGUGGAUUUGGGAUUCACGUUGGUGGAACCGACUACGGCGACGAAGAAGGUGUCCACGGUGGAAAAGGGAACCGACGAUGAGAUCGAAAAAUUAAAAGCUUUAGAAGCGAUCAAUGGAAGCAACGAAGAGAAGGAUACAAAGGAAUACGACGAAGCGCAAGAUGAUCCAUGGGCAGGCCUCCCUUACACCAUUGAUCUCGAGACCGGUGAAUAUAUCCUCAAUUCUGGAAAUCAAGAGGAAAACGGGAACAACGCGAUCGAAGAGGACGAUCGCCUCCUUAGAGAAGCGUCCCUAGAUUUAGACAAUCACCCGUUGGCUGGAUUAACCGAUGAUUCUUUGGGAUUAACCGACACUUUAGAACUCGAGAAUGAUCUUCCCUCGGACUUACUCGGAGGUAGUCUCUUAGCAAGCGCAAACGUCGAAAGUCUUCUUAACAACGAUAGUUUGGAUCUUCCCGACGGAUUCAAUCUCGAGGAGGCACUCCAACUCGUUGGCCUCGAUGAGGCGCAAUCAGAGGAAACGAAACCGGAAGUGAAGAAGAAGGGAAAAGAUAGCAUCGAAGAAUUCACGAGUGCAAAGGACGACGAGUCGCCGAUUAUAACCAGCUCGAGCAGCGUCGAGGUCGCGAAGUCGUCGAGGUGCGAGGAUCCUGAGACCGGCGACAUGAUUCACACACCGCAAUUUCAUCAUCCCCAUCAUCCUCACCAUCGUUCCUUCCAGGGUCGCAUGCCAUUCAUGCGUGCAAUGAGCAUGGAACAACGGUGGCAAGAUCUAGCAUCUCUUUUAUCGUUACCUGGUGCACCAGAACAUUUUCCACAUACUCAUCCUGGAUACCCAGGGCACGGUAUAAGCCACAGUCAUUAUGAAGCACAACGUAACGUGUUGCUUCACAAUGCUACUCUGGCUCCACCGGUGGGUGAUCUUAAUUCGACGAGCCCUUAUCACAAUGUAGGUGGAUCAUCAAAUUUGGGCUCGGCUGUAGCAACGUCGAUGAAUUUAACGAACAGUAGCGAACCGAUGGGUGCGGAAAGUGGAGCAGCUUAUAAAUCCGAGCCGGCAGAUAUGAUGUAUUAUCAUACACCAACAUCCGAUUCGAUAAAUCAAACUACCGAUGGUUUUCUUUCGUCUCUUCUUAAUGAUGAGGAUUUACAUCUGAUGGAUAUGGCUAUGAAUGAUGGCAUGUACACCAUGCGCAUGCUAGAUAAUGGUAAUAACAACGCUUCUGGUCCAACGGGAGCAGCAGCCUUGUCAGGAGUUCAGACAGCUGGUGGUACAACCUCUUCGGCAACAGGAGUUACGACACUUCCGGGUGUAACGGAUGAAAGGAUGGAUGCAUCGAGCGAUAGUGCUGUCAGCAGUAUGGGCAGCGAACGUGUACCAUCCCUUUCGGAUGGCGAGUGGAUGGAAACUGGAUCUAAUUCCAGCCAUACACAAGCGGAUUCUCAUUAUACUAUGGAUUAUGCUAGCAAAUACCGCAUGUCGUACGAUUGUAGCUAUUCCGUUUCCGGAAGAAAUGCUGGUUCUCCAAGAUGUCAAACGGAGCGUACGAUGCCUCCGGUUGCUCAGAAAAAGCAUCAAAUGUUUGCAAAACGAUAUUUUCAGGAACAAGGAACUGGUUCGCCUCUCGGAGCUACAGCACAUCCGACAACUCCAAUGAAGUACGAAUAUGAUUCUCAUACAGUUGGUGCUGGAGCACCGGGAAAUGCUUAUUCUGGACCGAUCGAGGGUGCAGCUGGACCUCAACCUGAAAUAAAAUAUAGUUGUAGUGUAGAUUUUAGUCGGCAUCAAUCAGGACGUUCAGCUAUAGAACAUGUUCAUCAUAAUCAUACGUAUCAUUUACCUGCAGAAAGUUCUGGAUCUCUUCAGCGUCCAGUUUCUCGUGAUAAAAAAGUACGUAAAAAUGAUGGUGAAGAGCAUCUAACUAGAGAUGAGAAAAGAGCAAGAGCAUUGAACGUUCCUAUUCCGGUGAACGAUAUUAUUAAUCUUCCAAUGGAUGAGUUUAAUGAACGUCUUAGUAAAUAUGAUCUCAGUGAAGCUCAAUUAUCUUUGAUACGUGACAUUAGAAGACGGGGAAAGAAUAAAGUUGCCGCCCAAAAUUGUCGCAAGCGUAAACUAGAUCAAAUUAUUAGUCUCGCUGAUGAAGUAAAAGAAAUGAGGGAUCGUAAAAUGAGGCUCGUUCGUGAACGAGAAUUCAUGCUUAUAGAAAGACAACGCGUGAAAGAUAAAUUUAGUCAACUUUAUCGUCAUGUGUUUCAAUCUUUGCGCGAUCCUGAUGGAAAUCAAUAUCAUCCGUAUGAAUAUAGUCUUCAACAAUCUGCCGAUGGAAAUGUAUUGUUAGUGCCAAGGAAUCAGACGAAUCCUCAUCAUCCUCGUUCUACGACAAUGGAACCAAAAACGAAACCUGAUCCUGAACAUAAAGAAUGAAUUUAUCGAAAAAUUAAAAACGUUUGAUAAGAAAAAAACUCUAUUUUCUUCAUAUACUAAUAUCGUACUUUUGCAAAAAAUAAAGAUAAACGCGGUGCUAAGACGAAAUAUUAUUUACGAUUUUAAAUAUUACGAAGAAUUUGCGAGGAAAAUUCAUUGCUUUAUUAUUCGGGAUAUUUUGCAACAUGUUUAAAUAAACAAAGAAAUUCAUCAAAAAUAUUUCAAAGACUCACAUUGAGUUAUAUGUUUCUUUACGAUUAAGAAAAGAAAAUAAUCACCAAACGUAAAAAAAAUAUUGAAUGUACAUAUAAUAUAUAGUAUAAAUAAACCAAUGAAUGACAGAAAUAGAAAAAAAGUAGACAACAUUUAAAAU